AUGCUCUUCACUUCCCCCUCCCGUCGCCUUCAUUUCCCCCUCCCGUCGCCUUCACUUCCCCCUCCCGUCGCCUUCACUUCCCCCUCCCGUCGCCUUCACUUCCCCCUCCCGUCGCCUUCACUUCCCCCUCCCGUCGCCUUCACUUCCCCCUCCCGUCGCCUUCACUUCCCCCUCCCGUCGCCUUCCCUUCCCCCUCCCGUCGCCUUCCCUUCCCCCUCCCGUCGCCUUCACUUCCCCCUCCCGUCGCCUUCACUUCCCCCUCCCGUCGCCUUCACUUCCCCCUCCCGUCGCCUUCACUUCCCCCUCCCGUCGCCUUCCCUUCCCCCUCCCGUCGCCUUCCCUUCCCCCUCCCGUCGCCUUCACUUCCCCCUCCCGUCGCCUUCACUUCCCCCUCCCGUCGCCUUCACUUCCCCCUCCCGUCGCCUUCACUUCCCCCUCCCGUCGCCUUCACUUCCCCCUCCCGUCGCCUUCCCUUCCCCCUCCCGUCGCCUUCCCUUCCCCCUCCCGUCGCCUUCACUUCCCCCUCCCGUAGCCUUCACUUCCCCCUCCCGUAGCCUUCACUUCCCCCUCCCGUCGCCUUCACUUCCCCCUCCCGUCGCCUUCCCUUCCCCCUCCCGUCGCCUUCCCUUCCCCCUCCCGUCGCCUUCACUUCCCCCUCCCGUCGCCUUCCCUUCCCCCUCCCGUCGCCUUCCCUUCCCCCUCCCGUCGCCUUCACUUCCCCCUCCCGUCGCCUUCCCUUCCCUCUCCCAUCGCCCUCGCUCCCCCCUCCCAUCGCCCUCUCUUCCCCGGCUCACCCUGUUUCGCCUGCUCCUUCGCUUCCCCCCGGCUCACUCUGUCCACCUCCACUGCUCCUUCUCACCCCCCUCUUCCCCCAAAUCCCCUACCCACUCUUCCUCAAGUUCUUGUCGCUGGUUCACUUGCGCCAUUUGUGAGUGUGGCCAGCAGCAUCACCAGCGCUUCUGCCUCGCUGCUCCUCGCCUUCCCCCGCCUGCUCUCCGCCAACCUCGCCUGGACCGCCCUCUCCCACCACUCGUCCACCCCUCCCUCACCGCCCUGCACCUCUCCCACUGCCCCCUCCUUACCAUUCGCUUCCCUCUCCCUCCGCCUCAUCUCCUUCCUCCUCUCACUCCUCCUCCUCUUCCUCCUCUCCCCUCACUCAUCUCGUUCUCUCUGGUGCCUCAAUCGCUCCUCCCUCCUCCCUCUUCCCUCCUCACCUCCUCGCCUCCCUCACUCCUCCACUCCUCCAGGCCCUCACACCCCGCCCUGCGGCUAGCAGUGGUUACAAGCAGCAUCCCGUCCCACACGGACGAGCUGCAGAGCAUAGUGCGCAAGAUAGUGUACCACAAGCAAGGAGCAUCCCAACCUCUCAGACCUCCAAACAUGUGCGCUGCUGCCUCUGUGCCGGAAGCAUGUGCAGGCGCUGCUGGAGGCAUGAGAUGGCCUUCCAGAGCGGUGCCUGCGAUGCUGAUGGCAGAGGAGCAGCACUUGCCCUUUAGUGGGCUGCCGUCCAAUGUGGCGCAAUGGGGGGCGGGCGAUGGUGGGAGCUAUGGGAGCAGUGCAGCAGAUGCAGCGGCGCAUGAGAUGUCCAAGGGGAGGCUGAAUAGGCAGCACUCAGGUGUCAACCUCUUACUGAUGGCGCUGAGAUGA